AUGUAAGACGAAAAUUAAGUAAAUCAGAUGGAAGAAGAAGAGGUUAGAAGUAUAUGCGAAGGCUAUUAUAUAAUCAAAAAGCUGGGCAUAGGAAAGGAUGCAGUGUAAAAAUUGAUUAUAAGUCAUAAGUGUUAAAUUGGGACAAAAAGGUCAUGAAUAAGUAGCCAUUAAGUUCUUGAAGGUCAAAAAUGAAUAAGAAAGGCCUGAAAUAAUAUAAAAACUAUAAUAAGAGGUUUAAAUUUUAGAACAACUUCAUAACCAUGAUGGAAUUGUAAAACUUAAAUAUUUUAGUGAUAAUCUUACCUACAUAGUAAUUUAAAUUCUUAUAAGUAGAAAAAAAAUGGAUAAAUUGUUUAUAAAAUUGGUANCUUGCUUUCUACUUUCUAUUAGACUUUUAUGUUUGGUUUAUGUUAGCUUUGGUCAAAUAAAACCUGGCAAAGAAUACUUCAACAACCAACUUCGAUAUUUCAACCGUUAAGAAUGUUGUUUACUUCCUAAGAGGUUAGCCUCCUUUGCUAAGAUAAUAUGA